CUUGAAGGUCGGGAGCUUUCGGCUUUUUAAGCAGGGCAGUCAUAUUCUCCUCUUGAGAAUUGACAUCCCAUGGUGGGAAAAAUAAUAAAGUUUUUCGUGUAACUGCAUCAGUUGGAAAGUGAAUGUGUCAUGAUACCUUUUUUUUUGUUAGCGUGAGGCUAUAUAAUAUUGAUUUUACUGCUGGCUUUCUUUCUGUUGUACCAAUGGGUUGGAUGAGGUUUUUGUCUUCUAGUUAUUCCUUGUGGCUGCAAGAAAGAAGCAAAAUGGGUUUCAUGCUGUCCCUGAGAGCUUCAAUACCAUGGCGUUCCAUACCAUAUUCUUUACCAAAGAUUGUGGUUGUAUUCUUCAACUUAUUGAUUCUAAAUAGGGAAUUUUCACAUUUGUCUAAUAAGGGAUUGGAUUCAAGAAUAAAUUUAAGGGUAUGGGUUGUGCCUGUUCAUUGCCUAAGAUGCCAUAAAGAUGACUGGUUUUGGAUCUGUGAUUGUUAUUCUGCCACAAGCGUUUUCAUCAAGAAAGCCUGGCGUAAGAUAUGGCCUCCAGAUGCAUGUAAUUGGCUAAGGAAACCGGCCAGAAGGCAGCUGAUAAAGGACAUGAAAGGAAAGAAUCAGCAAAAGAUGAAGCCUUCAGAGGAAUUGAGUCAGAAUGCUAAGGAAACCGGCCAGAAUGCUAGUGCAAAAAGACAAGAGCCGCAAGAGUCAGCUAAGGACACAACACAGCAAGGAAAGGAGUUAAUACAGGAGACAGGAUCAAAGUUAAUCAGAACUAAAUAAAGAAUUCCCAUGUGGUUGGUUUCUUCCACGUGCGGAAAAGACACAUACGAGUUGAACGGAACCAUAUGAAGAAUUCGGGCACGAGAAAUUCUUGCCUCAUCGGUCCCGUGCUACUCACCUGCCACCUAGUGCCAACCGAAGAGAACUUUCCCGGUCCUACGGCGGGACUGAUACACGUUCCAUUCACGAUCCGUGAUUAACAAUAGACCAUACGAUUUUUCUAUUGUAGCGUUUUUCAUAUGUACAGUUAUAUUUUUAUUUUGUAUCAAACAAAGCUAAUGAAAGCGAUUUGUUUCCCUACAACAUUGUAAUUGCUGAACGCAUUUAUACACUAGAACAUUAGUGAGAUUUA